AUGGCUCCCAAAAUUCUGAUGGUCGCGGAGAAACCAAGCAUUGCUCUCGCAAUUGCUUCAGUUCUUUCUGGUGGUCGAAUGUCGACCCGGAGAGGGAGCACGGAGAUCCAUGAAUUUGAUGGGACGUUCAUGGGGUUUUCCGUGCAUUACAAAGUGACAUCAGUGAUUGGUCAUGUUUUUAGUGUAGAUUUUCCACCACGCUAUCAAGAUUGGAGUUCUACAAAUCCUCUGGAUCUCUUUGAUGCACCAAUUGUUAAAACAGAAACAACACCAAAGGCUCACAUUUGUAGGCAUUUAAGCCAAGAAGCUCGUGGUUGUGGACACUUAAUAUUGUGGUUGGAUUGUGAUCGAGAAGGAGAAAACAUAUGUUUUGAAGUUAUCGAGUGCACUGGUUUCGAUUCCAAAGAUGACAAGAAAAUUUAUCGUGCUCGAUUUUCAUCUGUAACUGAGAAGGAUAUAUUGAAAGCCAUGAAUAGCCUUGUCGAACCCAACAAAAAUGAGGCAAUGGCCGUGGAUGCCCGCCAAGAGAUAGAUUUGAAAGUUGGAGUUGCUUUCACAAGGUUCCAAACAAGCUAUUUCAAUGGAAAAUAUGGAAACCUUGAUUCAAGAGUUAUUUCCUACGGGCCAUGUCAAACUCCAACCCUUGGAUUUUGUGUGCAAAGACACCUAACAAUUACUACUUUUAAGCCAGAAAAGUUUUGGGUGUUGCAUCCGUAUGCACUACACAGAGGUUAUGAUCUCAAAUUAGAAUGGGACCGCCAGAGGUUAUUUGAUUUAGAUAUUACCCAGAUGUAUAGGAACUUUGUAAAAGAUGAUGGAAUGCUGAAAGUUAUUGGUAUAUCAGAAAAGCAGGAGGUAAAAGGCCGCCCCUCUGGUCUCAACACUGUGAAUCUUCUAAAGGUUGCAUCAAGUGCUUUGGGGUUUGGGCCCCAGUUGGCUAUGCAAUUGGCCGAGCGUUUGUAUACACAAGGUUUCAUCAGUUAUCCCCGAACAGAAAGCACUGCAUACCCAUCUUCAUUUGACUACAAAGGCACUCUUGGGGCAUUAGUCCACAAUCCAAUGUGGGGUGAUUAUGCACAGCAGCUUCUGUCUAGUGGUUUUCAUACACCGCGAUCAGGAAAUGAUGCAGGUGAUCAUCCUCCAAUUACUCCAAUGAGUUCAGCUACUGAGCACACUCUUGGGAAUGAUGCAUGGAAGCUCUACCAAUACAUUUGUCAACAUUUUCUGGGAACUCUUUCUUCAGAUUGUAGAUACACGAGGGUAAAGACUGAAUUUGAAUCUGGUGGAGAACUAUUUCACUGUGUUGGGCAGCGUGUCAUGGUCAAAGGAUUCACGUCCAUUAUGCCAUGGUUGGCAGUAACUGAGAUAAAUAUACCUCAGUUUACUGAAGGGGAGAAAAUUCAAAUAUCGAGCAUUGAAGUAGAUGAGGGGACUACACGACCUCCAGAUUACCUCACUGAGAGUGAGCUUAUCUCGUUGAUGGAAAAGAAUGGAAUUGGAACGGACGCAUCCAUUCCUGUGCAUAUCAACAACAUAUGUGAACGGAAUUACGUGCAGGUGCAAACUGGUAGAAGAUUGGUUCCCACUGCGUUAGGUGUCAGCCUAAUAAGAGGCUACCAAGUUAUUGACCCUGAUCUCUGUUUGCCUGACAUUCGGAGUUUCAUCGAACACCAAAUUAGCCUUGUGGCCAAGGGUCAAGCAGAUCAUGGGUUUGUUGUGAAGCAUGUGAUAGAGCAAUUCAGAAGGAAGUUUAGCUACUUCGUGAAGCAGAUUGAAAAGAUGGAUGCACUAUUUGAAGCAGAAUUUUCCCCGCUUGCGAAUUCUGGACGUGUACUUAGCAAAUGUGGAAAAUGUUUACGGUACAUGAAGCACAUAUCUUAUCAACCAUCACGCCUAUAUUGUGGUACAUGUGAAGAAAUUUAUUAUACUCCUCCAAAUGGUACAAUCAAGCUAUACAAGGAGCUCACCUGCCCUCUGGACAAUUUCGAGCUCCUCCUGUUUUCAGUCCCUGGCCCAGACGGCAAAUCCUUUCCUUUCUGCCCCUACUGCUACAACGACCCCCCGUUCGAGGGGGCAGUGGGUCCCCCCACAGGCAAGGGGGUUGGUGGCAUGUCCUGCUCCCUCUGCCCUCACCCGACGUGCCCCCACUCCCUUGCGUCCCAGGGAGUGUGCGCCUGCCCUGAGUGUGGGGGCACGCUGGUGCUUGACCCGGUCAGCGCCCCCAGGUGGCGGCUCAACUGCAAUUCGUGUGCCUGCCUCGUUUCCCUGCCGGAGGGGGCCCACAAGAUCUCCAUGACUGGGGAACGUUGCCUGGAAUGCGACUCGGGAAUCAUAGAGGUGGACUUCAAUAAGAAGAGCACCCCUUUGAAGGACGGGGCUACACGGCAUGUGGGCUGCAUACUUUGUGAUGAGCUGCUGCAUUCACAGGUGGAGGUGAGGCACGCCAAGUCGUUUUUCAGGCGUAGGGGUAGGGGGAGGGGCCGCAGGGGGAGGGGUGCCAGGAAACAACAGGACCCCAAGAUGAGCUUUCGGGAUUUUUGA